AGAAUCACUCCUCUCACAACAGAUCAGAGUCCAGUCAGAAGAAACGGAAAGGUUUGGAUCGAAUAUCUCUCGGGGAAUGUGUACCGUUUCAUCGCCACUGCAUUAAAUCACCAGCAUCAAACCGAAACGGACGCCAACUGUUGGGGUUUUUAACUUUCAGCAUCAUUAUUUUUUAUUCUAAACCCUAUUGGACGGAGAACAAUGACCCACGGCACCGGAGCAGAAAUGAUCCCGGAGGUUUUGGCCGCCGCGAGUUUCGUUUGCAGACUUUUGCGCGGCCGCGGACGCUUGAGUGACGCGCAGCUCCAGGUGUUUAGAGACUGUCUCGCGCAGGCGCUAUCAGAACACUACCAGCAUCAUUGGUUCCCUGACAGGCCGCAGAAGGGCUCUGGUUACCGCUGCAUACGGAUCAAUCACGAAAUGGACCCUCUGAUUGGCCGAGCAGCCGGCCGCAUCGGACUGACCAGCGGGCAGCUUUUCUCACUCUUGCCGCGGGAGCUGACGCUCUGGGUGGACCCGUAUGAAGUGUCCUACCGUAUCGGCGAGGACGGGUCCAUUUGCGUUCUCUACGAAGCAGAACCGCCAGUCUCAAGCCCCGCCCCCAGCCUCUCACCGUACGACCAAACGGCGAACUGCAAAAACCGCUUCAUGAUGGGCGGGCGCACAAGUCCACCAAAAAACUACCUGAUGAUGGUGUCCAGCUGAACGCACGGGACCGGUUCUGCUGGUACUAGCGCCUGACCGACCAACUGCCAUGUUAAGAGUUGUAGCUGUUCGCGUGACUUCACUUCGUAAACCUUUAUUUAAGAUGAACAUUAAAGCACUGGUUGUUACGCGACUGGGCGUCUGCUGGACCUGGAGAUCUUUCAGCACUGUUCCGUGUGACUCUUGUUUAUUUUUACAAUCCCGAAACAGGUUUUGGGGUGUUUUCACUGGUGCUCGCACACGGUUUCGGUGCAAUUACGAUACCUCACGAGAAUGUAAAGCAAUUAAUGGCCUGAAACGUACUUCACGCAAGUGCACGAAAGUUUUUGGUGAUAAACUUCUGUAAGGAUGUUUUCAAACAACCACAACGACAAUAAAAUCGACCAGCGUUUUGUGCUUCGGUGUGCUAUAGCACCACCUGUGGCAACUCUGAGAAUGCAACAUUGCUUUGCAACGUAUUUGCAUUCGCGUGCUUGCGUACAGUACGUUUCAGGCCUAAAACUGCUGUGGACUUUCAUAAUUUCUAACAGGAGCUGCUAUUGAGCGGGACGCCACAUGAACGAACUCCCAUAAUCCCUUCUGCCUUAACCAUAGCGCCACCGCUCCCUUAAUAAACGUCACUGCCUGGCUCUUUUAGUCUUACUGUGCAAUAUUCAGGCAAUAACUUCCUAUUGUAAUGUCAUGAAAUGAGUCAUGCAGACUUCGGCAUCUCUGGGGGAAACGAUUGUCUUUUCCCAGGAUGCUUUGCAUUUGGUAUGUUGGAAGGUAUCGGGCCGAAGCGCCAGCAGAGACUCACAUCAAGCAUUCUGUCUCUCUCGGGCUGUUGAGCAGCACGCGUUUACUGUUUCAGACAGAGUAAAUGUAGUUUGUAAGCUAUUUUGAAGCAGAGUUGCUUUUAAUGUACAUUUUUUAAAAUGCAUUUGUGCAUACAGUUAAUUUUUAUUACAAUAAACCUUUUAUGAAUUAAACGUU